AGAGCCAGGUGGGCGGGCCAGGAAUGAAGCGGGUUCUCUGAGGGUCCCCGGCUGGGAGGCGAAUCGAGGCUAUGGGAAGGGGUGGGCCUCGCCGUGAACCUUUUUGCUGGGCCUGGGCAUGGAGUGCAGCCGAGUCUCGGUGAAAGGGUUUGUUACCGGGUCUCUGCUUCCGUCUCCACGGCUUGUAUUUAAGAGAGAGAGGAGGCAGAGAGAGAAUGUCCUCUCAUUCAGGCCUUACGGCCUGUCCCGUCUGGCCACGGGCUGGCGGUGUGGGGGGAGGGCCAGCAAUCUUGGGAAGGAAGAUGGACCUGCCUCUCUGUCAGCAGAUUUGUUUACAAGUUUCUCUCGAUGCCGGACUCGACCUCUCCUCGCCCAGGGCGUUCAUGUGCCCGCCCAGAUGUUGGGUGGAAGGGCUCAGGCGUUUUGAUCUUUUGGCCUCUGAGAUCCGGAGGAGCAUAAUAACCAUGUGGCUGAGGAAAUGGCCAUCACUACCAUUGGCCAACGGCUAUUCUAGCUUCUUUCUAAACGAAUGACGUAACCACGAAGGUCAUAGCAACCCUUGAGCCUUAGUUUCCCCCUCGGCAAAAAUUGAAACUCAAAGAUGGAUGAUCAGGAUCCUGGGGGCAUUAGCCCCCUUCAGCAGAUGGUGGCCUCAGGAGCUGGGGCUGUGGUCACCUCCCUCUUCAUGACACCCCUGGAUGUGGUGAAGGUCCGCCUUCAGUCUCAGAGACCCACGGUAGCCAGCGAAUUGACAACUCCCUCCAGAUUCUGGAGUCUUUCCUACACCAAAUCACCCUCCACUCUACAGUCCCCAGGGAAGUGCCUCCUGUACUGCAAUGGUGUCCUGGAGCCCCUGUACCUGUGCCCAAAUGGUACUCGCUGCGCCACCUGGUUUCAGGAUCCUACACGGUUCACUGGCACCUUGGAUGCCUUUGUGAAGAUUGUGAGGCAUGAGGGCACCAGGACCCUGUGGAGCGGCCUCCCAGCCACCCUGGUGAUGACUGUACCAGCCACUGCCAUCUACUUCACUGCUUAUGACCAACUCAAGGCCUUCCUAUGUGGUCAGUCCUUGACCUCUGACCUCUACGCACCAAUGGUGGCUGGUGCCCUCGCCCGAAUGGGCACUGUGACAGUGGUCAGCCCCUUGGAGCUUGUGCGGACCAAGCUGCAGGCACAGCAUGUGUCAUACCGCGAACUGGCUGCCUGUGUUCAAGCUGCAGUGGCUCAGGGUGGCUGGCGCUCACUGUGGCUGGGCUGGGGUCCCACAGCUCUUCGAGAUGUACCCUUCUCAGCUCUAUACUGGUUCAACUAUGAGCUGGUGAAGAGCCAGCUGAAUGGGCCAAGACAGAAAGAGCAGACAUCUGUUGGCAUCAGCUUUGUGGCUGGUGGCAUCUCAGGAAUGGUGGCUGCCACCCUUACCCUACCCUUCGAUGUCGUGAAGACACAGCGACAAAUGUCACUGGGAGCAGUGGAGGCUAUGAGAGUGAAGCCGCCAAGAGUUGACUCCACCUGGCUCCUGCUUCGGAGAAUCCAGGCUGAAUCUGGCACCAGGGGACUCUUUGCAGGUUUCCUCCCCAGGAUCAUCAAGGCUGCGCCCUCCUGCGCCAUCAUGAUCAGCACUUACGAGUUUGGCAAAAGCUUCUUCCACAGGCUCAACCAGGAGCAGCCUCUGGGCCACUGAAGGUUGAGGAGCAACUGGCUCUUGCCCGGGUGGGAACAGGAGACUGAGCCAAGUGCCUUCCCUCCCAGUCCAGUCACCCAGGCUGUCCUCAUUUGGAUUCCUGCUGUUUCCCUCCCCUACCUCCGAGACCAAAUCUGAUGAUUCCCUGCUUUGUGUCCCUUAUGUUUGUUAUAGCUUGGCCCUGAGGAGCCGCGAGCUCGGGCCAGGCGGAAUUCCCAGCCAUUUGUUCCCUGUCUAAAGAUGAUGAUCUUCUGUGCA